AUUAUUAUUAUUAUUAUUAUUAUUAUUAUUAUUAUUAUUAUUAUUAUUAUUAUUAUUAUUAUUAUUAUUAUUAUUACUGAAUAACUUAAUAGCUGCAUAAAUGCAUUUCUGCAAACUUUUUCCAGUCAAUAGCAUGUAGGAUCUACAACCCUGUGAGUAGCAUACUUUUAUUUUGGAUUUCAUUGUUACGUCAGUGAUAGGGUGCUAGGUUUUUUAAAUAAACCUUGGAUGCUACCUCUACAUAAUGCUGGAACCAAGUUUUCUUACAGGCUUUAUAACUGGAAGUGGGAAGUACAGUAGGUGCUCAGCAGGCGUGCCUUCUGGGAAGAACUAUAAACAGCUCAUUACGACAUAAUGUUUUAGAUUUACAGCCUGUAUGACAUGAAUGAAGUUCAUUUUCUUUAGCAUUUGGUUAUAAAAAAAACAAAAAAAAAACAGCUAUCCAUACAAUGCAAGGUUUGCUGAUAAAAGACUUUAACUGUAACACAUACAGUAUGACUCACAAAUGCAAUAGAUAGAGUUUGUUCAUGUGCGUUUAAAUAACAUUUUUACUAUUUUCUCAAUGAUGCAUGAAACACAUUUGCAUUUAAAAUUUGACUACAUAUAUUGAGACUAUUCAGCAGUUGCUAACUUCCUCUUUUUUAGGAUGUUGGUGACACUCGAUAAAGUUUUCCCUUUGUUACAUUUGGUUUCUGUCACUGGUUGAAGUUACUGAGCUGCUGAGUAUAUGGAGCAGAGAAAGUCGUUAUAAAAAAUGAAAGCAGUAACUUUUAGUCUACUUACCAGGGAAAUUUUGGCAAGGAAAAAGAAGAAGACGUGAUCAUGCUAACAUGAAUGGUUGGUUCCAAAAGCUCAUGAAACCAAGAGUAUCUCUAUCGACACGACCUGAACACAAGGAUACAGAUGCCAGUGUAUCACCAAUACGUUCCUUUACAUCCUCAUGCAGUUCUUCAUCGUCAUCAUCACGCACAUCACCAGAAAUAAAACCCAAUAAAACCCACAGAUCCAAACCGACGCCACCCGCUCUGAACUCACCGCAGAGAUGGAAGCGAAAAUAUGACUUGCUCGUGUGCCACAGCUGUGCCGACAGCGACACCGAGGAGGCCACGCGCCUGGUGUCCUUCCUGGAGGAUUCGCCCCGCGGCCUCAGGUGCUUCUUAUGGCAGCGGGACGUCUGCGUGGGCGCUGCCGUCUUCACAGAAUUCUGCCAGGCCGUGCAGGACAGCCACCUACAGGCGCUGCUCAUCACUCCGAGCUUCCUGCGGGACGAGCUGUGCAGGUAUAUGAUGCACCAGACUCUGGCAGAAGGGCCCAUGUCCAACCGACUGAUCCCCCUGGUUCACAACCUGUCACACUCUGAGUACCCGCAGGAGCUGAGGUUCUGCUUCUACAUCGACCUAAGCGCCAACACUGACCGAGGCUAUACGCGAAUCAACCAGACUGUCAUCCAGUGUGAGUACCAGACUAUAACAUUUGUUGUUUCAGCUCCAAUCAAUGAAUUAGGUGUCAUUAAAAUUCAUAUCCAGUAUCUGUAUUUGUUUGCAUUAACAACUUCCCUGUUUCUUCUUUCUUCAGACCUGGAAGACCUAGUUAAAAAUGAGAAGGGAGAAGACAAUAAUGUGGAUAGUUCUUGCAAUAAAUCGAGUGAGGAAGUCAACUCACAAAAGGACGCUCUGUGCGAUGAUGGAAGUGCCACAGAAGGCAAUUAAAAGUGGUGUUUGAUAACAAUAAACCACUGUGAUAAAGGUGUAAUGGGACAAAAACGCUGCUGCUAGUAAUACAUUUAUUAUAUGAAGUCCUUAUCAUAUGCUAUGUUAAAUUAUACAUCUUACCGUUUUUUUUCUGAUUGAACACUUUAUGUGUUGUAAGGGUGUCGAUGUCAAUGCCCAGUAAAUCAUUUAGUGUCAUAUCUAAUUUGUGGCUGUGACUGUAAAUUAACCCAGAGUACAGGCAUUUAUACUUAACAUUUUAUAACCUACCAUCAAAGUGCAGGCCAAUAUUUAGGUUUGCAGCAAAGAAAUCUGUCAUUACGUUAUUAAGAAUGAGCCCGUGG